CCGUCAGCAGCAGAUCCUUCGCCCCAUGUCUCUCUCUCUCUCUCUCUCUCUCUCUCAUAACACUCCACUCUUCCUAGUCUAAAAGCUUUCUAUGCAACUCAUUACUCAUCCGUUUUUUUUUUUUUUGGUCAAGCGGAAAAUAUUACUCAUCCGUUUUCUCUCUCCACAACCCCACCCCAAGCUUCUCCUCUGCCGCCCACCUCCCAUCGUUUUCCCGAAAGAAACCCCUCGUGAAGUUCAUGUGAAAGUUCUCACAAAGAGCAGACAGAGAGAGAAAGAAGGAUCUGGGAUUUAUUAAUUAUUGAAACGGGUCGCUUGCCUCUGAUUCAGGUGAACCCAUUUCAGUCCUUCACAUUCUGAAUACUGCCCUCCUCUUCUUUUAACUUACCCAUUACUACUUUUUAUUUUAAAAAAAGGGGGCAAGAACAGAGCUGUUAUUGGUUAGGGUUUCACAAAGACUGGUCUUUACAGUCUUUCAUGUGUUCUUCUUACUCUAUCACAAGCAGCAGAACUGCCUUGCUUGAAUUUGCUAUGUACACUUUCUUCUUUUUACUUGGGGCACUUGGCUUGUGAGCCAAAAUGGAAUGGAUUCAGCAGUUUGCACUUGGGGGGGUUUGGGGGAGUAGACAUUGGACUUGAUAUCUGGGUGUCAAAUGUAUGUAAAACUUGUUGAUGGGUUUUUAAUGGGGGAAUCUUUCAAGAUAGGAUUUAUAAUGGAUUUGGGAUAUGUAUGACCGGCGGGUUUUUUAUGGGUUAAGAUUUGCAAUAUUUGUAAAUUCCUUGAUUGAUGGGUUUGUAAUGGGGGAAUCUUUGUAGCUUUGCAUCUGGGUAUCAUUUUUUGCUUUUAGAUUAGCGGCAUUUAUAUCAGUGGAGGGUUUUUCUAGGGGUUUAGUUAUCCUCGUGAUGUGAUAAUUGAGAAGAUUUGGGAGAGAGUAUCAAGUCAAUAGAAUGCUACUGAUUUGUUGCCUAAAGCUGCAAAAAGUUAUGGUAAUGGACACAUUUAUGUGCUGAUCAUGACCAGGGCUGUUAAUCGUGACCGAGUAUUAAAAGAUGCAAAUGGUGAUAUUGGUGAUCAUCUCCGCAACCAUAUCCAUUUGACAAACUGUAUCCAUCUGAAGAACCAUAUGCAUAAGCAUAGCCCUGUAUUGGCUGAUAGGUCGCUCAUGAAGGACCUUGUUGUCCUUCAGAGAUCGCGAUCUCUCAGGGAUCCUUCUGCUAGCCCGCCCUCUUGGCAUUCCCCUUUUGGUGUUGAUCUUCUUUCGAAACGACAUGGAAAGGAUGCUGCAAUAGUUAACGUAAGAAGGUCUGUGGGCAUUGACCAUCACAGGGAUGGCAGAGGGGUUUUGGGGGCAGACUCACCACUUUUAGCUAGUUUACGGAGAGUAGAAGGUCAUCCCGGUGAGGCAACAGGGGGAAAUGAAGGGGUGGGUUUCGGGAGCGAUCGUAGUAGCAACAGUGUAGCUCGGGAACACAGAAGAAAUAAGAGAGAUGAAUUACGUGAAAGGGAUGACAUGCAUCCACAAGAUGACAAUGGUUUGAUCCGUGAUGAUGUUUUGGUGAAAUCUCAACGGAUGGAUAAGAAAAUACAAGAGGGGAGGCACAAAGAGGAUGCCCACCUCAAGACCCUCUCUGAACAGUUGAAUGAGGUUCGGAAGAAUGGUGAUGAUGUAGCAUCAUCUCAUAUCCAUCUUCAUGGCAAGCACAGCCAAAAUGAGGAAGCUGGUGAGGAAGCGGAAGCAACUUUUCGUGGCCCGCGCAGUGGACUGAAUAGGGGAAAAAGGCGCAAGUUUCGAGGCACGAGAAGAACUAGAAAUGCUAAACCUCUAGGAGAUUCUGGGGCUCAAAAUGACAUGUCUGUGGCAUCCAAUUCAUUAGCUCAAAGUUCAGCUCGUCAAAAGUACACGGAGGAGCAGGGAGAAGAAGAGUAUGAUGAACACGAAGUCGUGAGGGCUCCCAAAAAUGGGUGUGGCAUUCCUUGGAAUUGGUCAAGAAUUCACGACAGGGGAAGAUCUCUCUUUGACAUGGCCGGAAGGAGUUUGUCUUGUGGCUUGUCUGACUCCAAAUUAAAGAAAGGCGCUUCAUUUGCUGGAGGCAGAGAUGCGUCUGAUAUGCCUGUGAUGUCAGACCACUCAAGCUCAUCUACUAAAUCUGAUGCAGAAGCAAUGCCUCUGCUAGUGGAGGCAUCUGGAUCUCUCGAAAGUACUGACAAUGCUGCUUGGGUGCAUGACUAUUCCGGGGAGUUAGGUAUUUUUGCAGAUAAUCUAUUAAAGCAGGAAAUUGACUCAGACCUUGCUUCGGAAGCUAGAUCUGGUAAUAAACACAAGUUUAAAAGACAACACAACAGUAGGCACCAGAACCUGACUCAGAAAUACAUGCCAAGAACCUUCAGAGAUUUAGUGGGGCAGAAUUUGGUUGCGCAGGCUCUUUCAAAUGCUGUCGUCAGAAAGAAGGUUGGGUUGUUAUACGUAUUUUAUGGACCUCAUGGUACAGGAAAAACAUCAUGUGCACGAAUAUUUGCCAGAGCUUUGAACUGCCAGUCUUUAGAGCAGCCCAAACCUUGUGGAUUCUGUAACUCUUGUGUUGCCUAUGACAUGGGUAAGAGCCGAAGUAUAAGGGAAGUUGGUCCAGUCAGUAAUUUUGACUUUGAGAGCAUUAUGGAUCUACUUGACAAUAUGAUAGUUUCCCAGUUGCCAUCGCAGCACAGGAUCUUUAUUUUUGAUGAUUGUGAUACUCUUUCUCCUGAUUGCUGGAGUGCUAUAUCGAAGGUCAUUGAUCGAGCACCUAGGCGUCUUGUUUUUGUCCUUGUCUGUUCUAGUCUCGAUGUUUUGCCUCACAUAAUCAUAUCGAGGUGCCAGAAGUUCUUUUUUCCAAAGCUGAAGGAUGCGGAUAUUAUUUAUGCCUUGCAGUGGAUUGCAACCAAAGAAGGUCUUGAGAUUGAUAAGGAUGCACUCAAACUUAUUGCAUCCAGGUCAGAUGGUUCUUUGCGGGAUGCUGAAAUGACUCUUGAGCAAUUGAGUUUGCUUGGCCGGAGGAUCUCCGUUCCUCUAGUUCAGGAACUGGUAGGACUCGUAUCUGAUGAGAAGUUGGUAGAUCUACUUGAUUUAGCUUUAUCUGCAGACACAGUUAACACUGUGAAAAAUUUGAGAGAGAUCAUGGAAUCUGGAGUUGAGCCAUUGGCUUUAAUGUCUCAACUUGCCACGGUAAUAACCGAUAUUCUGGCUGGUAGCUACGAUCUGACAAAAGAAAGGCCUAGAAGGAAGUUUUUCCGAAGACAAGCUUUACUGAAAGAAGAUAUGGAAAAACUUCGUCAAGCUCUGAAAACGUUGUCUGAAGCAGAAAAACAGCUGCGAAUGUCAAAUGACAGAUUAACGUGGCUAACAGCUGCAUUGCUGCAACUUGCUCCCGAUCAGCAAUAUAUGUUGCCCAGUUCCUCUGCGGACACUAGUUUCAAUCAUAGUCCUUUGGUACAAAGUAAUGCUGCAAGAAGAGAGAGAUCUAGGAAGAGUAAUGCUGAGAAGGCUGAGAGGCCUAAUACUGAGAGGAGAUCGUCAAUGCAUGACACUAGGAUAGCAAAUCUUCAAGCUGGAAGUUCUUCUGAUGCUUAUCGGAAUGAUGUGACGAAAGGUAAUACUACGGAUAGAAGAAGACAUGCUGCAUCUGGGUUGGGUCCUCAACAGCCAUUAGCACAGUCAGUGGAUAUGAACAUAACAAGUGGCUGGCCAUUAACAGCUAGAGCCCAUAAGGAAAUUGAUGUAAUUUGGUUGGAGGUACUUCAAAAGAUUCAAAUAAGUAGCAUAAAAGAGUUUGUGUACCGAGAAGGAAAGCUUAUUUCAGUCAACUUUGGUGCAGUUCCAUCUGUUCAGUUAAUGUUCAGUUCACACCUGACAAAAUCCAAGGCGGAAAAGUAUAGGGCUCACAUAUUGCAAGCAUUUGAAGCAGUUCUGGGGUCCCCUGUGACUGUUGAAAUCAGAUGUGAAUUCGGAAGAGAUACAAGGGGUGGGGUACCAGUCCCUCAGGAUGGUUCAAGUCCGAUGUAUACAAAUGCAGCGGGUGGUAACAGGUUGGCUAUGAUAGGAUACAACAAUAUCAGCAGAAGGGUUCCUAUGGAUAGAGAUGGCCCAACUCAAGCCCAGGUACCAUCUGACUCUCUUCGAAUGGGAAGGAGUGAAAUUGUUGAAAUAGCUUCUCCUCGACAGCCGAAAAGUAAUGAGCAAAAAUAUAACAAUGCACUAUAUGAGAGAAGAGCUUUGGAGAGUGCUUGGAUGGGAGAAGCAGAAGCUUCACAUAAGAAAUCCACCUCGGCUUCUUUACCAGAAGGAAGAAAGUUGGGGGAACAAAAUCAGGGCCAGAGCCAGAGCCAGAGCCUUGUGAGGGGCAAGGUGUCUCUUGCACAUGUAAUUCAGCAGGCAGAAGGAUGCUCGCAGCGAAAUGGAUGGUCGAAACGCAAAGCAGUUUCUAUUGCUGAAAAGCUUGAACAAGAGAAUCUGAAACUGGAACCUAGAUCUAGAAGCUUGCUUUGCUGGAAGGCAUCAAGAGUAACUCGCCGGAAGCUUUCGCAUUUGAAGAUCAGGGUGGGGAAACCAAAAACGCUGCUGAGAUUCGUCUCCUGUGGGAAGUGUCUCUCUUCUAAUUCUCCGAGGUAGUACUGCAAGGAAUCAUAGUGGGAUGGGGGCGUGAGGAUUUGAUUUGCAAAGCUAAUUUAGAUGCCUAUAUUUAUUCAUUCUCCUGUUCUUUCUCAAGUUCGAUCCCGAGUCGAUUAAUAAAGCAUAACUUAGAAUAGUAGAAAUGAAUUAGUUCAGCUUUAAUCUUGCUUUCUUCCGCAAUCUUCGUCUGGUUAUCAUUCGAUUCGUAAUUGAUUGCAUCUUUGUACUCAUAUCCGUAGCCUGUAGGCACAUUGAAGAAUUUGUCUUAGAAUGAUAGUAUGGUUAGUUGCUGAUUAUAAAUAGCCUGUAUGUUCAAAUUUGAAAUGGAAGAGUAAUAAAAGUUUAUCGGAAUUUUAUUCA